AUGUUCGCCCGUGAUACAUCUGCAACGUCCGAAUCAACUGCAUCAACCACAACAGAGAGUACUAUUUCGGGAACUACGACUACAAUCUACAAGCACAUCAUCCUCUACUACUACAACCUCCGCCACGUCAACAUCCGCACAGUCCACAAUCACCUCAACCUCAACAGCCACAAGCAGCUCUACCACGACAACAAGCAGCUCUACCACGACAACAAGCAGCUCCUCUACAAUUAUAAGUACGGUAUCUGCAACCAGUACUACAAGUGCUGA